ACCACGGAUCUCUCCUCCUGACAGCGGCCGCGUUGACUGUCGGCUUGCUGCUACCAGUUGCAAAGGCUGCGCAGGGCGGGGGCUGCAGCAUUAUCCUUCCAAGUUCCUAGAGGGGGCGCCUCGAGAUACAUCAGUCCCUCCUUCCCAGGUGCGUGUGUAGGAGAGUGCAAGCACACAGGAGAAUCCGCUUUCUCAGGCGACAGGCGUUUUGUGAGAAUAGCAAAAGAACCUUUUCCUGGGCAGGAGGAAUAGUUGGAGCUCUUUGCCUCUUGGAGCCGGCACGGGAUUCCCCCAGCGAAUAGAAAUUGCGCUGUUCUUUUCCUCGUCUGUUGAGCGGUUAGGAAGCUGCCUCUCUUUCAGGGGAGCCUGAGGAAAGGAAAGGGAAAGGGAGGAUUUGAGUUGAGGGUGAUCGAAACGGGCUGGGGAUUGAGACGACGAUCCAGAACGGAGGUGCUGUAGGAGCUGUGUGGGUUCGACUGACUCCCUCCAAGCGAGCGGGAUUUGCAGGAGAGAGGCACAGGCUCCGGGAAAAUGCAGCUCCCUCGUGGAGGCAGGCUCUUGUUCUCACGCCCGAAAUAUAGGGUUAGGAUGGUGUGAACUAUGGCCCAGUUCUAUUACAAGAGAAGCGUCAAUGCCCCUUACAGAGAUCGGAUCCCUCUUCGCAUUGUACGAGCUGAGUCUGAACUCUCACCUGCCGAGAAAGCCUAUUUGAAUGCUGUGGAAAAAGGAGAUUAUGCCAGUGUGAAGCAAGCCCUGGAAGAAGCAGAGAUAUAUUUCAAGAUCAAUAUUAAUUGCAUUGACCCCCUUGGAAGAACAGCUCUCCUUAUUGCGAUAGAAAAUGAGAACCUGGAGCUCAUAGAGCUGCUCUUGAACUUUAACGUCUACGUUGGAGAUGCUUUGCUGCAUGCCAUCAGGAAAGAGGUGGUUGGAGCUGUUGAGCUGCUGCUAAAUCACAAGAAGCCCAGUGGGGAGAAACAGGUGCCACCUAUACUUCUGGAUAAGCAGUUCUCAGAGUUUACACCAGACAUUACACCCAUUAUCUUGGCUGCCCAUACAAACAAUUAUGAGAUCGUAAAACUUUUAGUACAGAAAGGUGUUUCUGUUCCCAGACCACAUGAAGUCCGAUGUAACUGUGUGGAGUGUGUUUCUAGCUCGGAUGUGGACAGCCUUCGUCAUUCCCGAUCCAGGCUAAAUAUCUACAGAGCUCUUUCAAGCCCAUCGUUGAUUGCUUUGUCAAGUGAGGAUCCUUUUCUUACAGCUUUCCAAUUAAGUUGGGAGCUUCAGGAACUAAGCAAAGUAGAAAAUGAGUUUAAAUCUGAAUAUGAGGAACUAUCACAGCAAUGCAAACAGUUUGCAAAAGACCUCUUGGAUCAGACACGGAGUUCAAGGGAACUGGAAAUUAUUCUUAACUACAGAGAUGAUAACAGUUUAAUAGAAGAGCAGAAUGGUAAUGAUCUGGCAAGACUGAAACUGGCAAUUAAGUACCGUCAAAAAGAGUUUGUUGCCCAGCCAAACUGCCAACAGCUCCUCGCCUCUCGCUGGUAUGAUGAGUUCCCAGGCUGGAGGAGGCGCCACUGGGCCGUGAAGAUGCUGACUUGCGUCAUUAUUGGAUUUCUUUUCCCAGUCUUCUCUGUCUGCUACCUGAUAGCUCCCAAGAGCCCACUGGGACUGUUCAUCAGGAAGCCAUUCAUCAAAUUUAUCUGCCAUACUGCAUCCUAUUUGACUUUCUUGUUCCUUCUGCUGCUCGCCUCUCAACACAUUGACAGGUCAGAUCUGAACAUGCAGGGGCCUCCGCCAACCUUCGUUGAAUGGAUGAUAUUACCGUGGGUCCUGGGGUUUAUCUGGGGUGAAAUUAAACAAAUGUGGGAUGGCGGCCUACAGGAUUAUAUUCAUGACUGGUGGAACCUGAUGGAUUUUGUAAUGAACUCAUUGUACCUGGCAACAAUAUCUUUGAAAAUUGUUGCAUUUUCAAAGUACAGUGGACUGCUCCCAAGACAGAGCUGGGAUAUGUGGCACCCAACACUGGUGGCUGAGGCACUGUUUGCUAUUGCAAACAUUUUUAGUUCUCUGCGCCUGAUCUCAUUAUUCACUGCAAAUUCUCAUCUGGGACCACUGCAGAUCUCUCUUGGAAGAAUGUUACUGGACAUUUUAAAGUUUCUUUUCAUCUACUGUCUUGUGCUUCUAGCUUUUGCAAAUGGACUUAACCAACUAUAUUUCUAUUAUGAAACAAACGAAGCCAAUCGCUGCAAAGGGAUUCGGUGUGAAAAUCAAAAUAAUGCAUUUUCAACUUUAUUUGAAACCCUCCAGUCACUGUUUUGGUCUGUCUUUGGGCUCAUCAACCUGUACGUGACCAAUGUUAAAGCACGACAUGAAUUUACUGAGUUUGUUGGGGCCACCAUGUUUGGUACCUACAACGUCAUCUCUCUGGUUGUCCUGCUCAACAUGUUGAUAGCUAUGAUGAACAACUCCUACCAGCUCAUUGCUGAUCAUGCAGACAUUGAAUGGAAAUUUGCUCGAACAAAACUUUGGAUGAGUUACUUUGAAGAAGGAGGGACUCUGCCUACUCCGUUCAAUGUCAUACCAAGUCCAAAGUCUCUCUGGUACCUGAUAAGAUGGUUGUGGAGACAAUUGUGCAGGAAAAAAAUCAGAAGGAAACCUGAAAGUUUUGGAACAAUUGGGAGACGUGCAGCUGAUAAUUUGAGAAGGCAUCAUCAGUAUCAGGAGGUAAUGAGAAAUCUGGUAAAGAGAUACGUGGCUGCAAUGAUAAGAGAUGCUAAAACUGAAGAGGGGCUGACUGAAGAGAAUUUUAAGGAGUUAAAGCAAGAUAUUUCCAGUUUUCGCUUUGAAGUCCUGGGUUUGUUAAAAGGGAACAAACCAUCUAAUUUUCAGUCCUCAAAAAUCAGCAGAGAAACAUCCUCUUUGCCAGAAUCUGAUGAAGGAAACAAAAAUGGAGAUGAGAAAGUUAAGAAGAAAACCCUUAGCCUUUUUGACGUAACCACAAUGAUUCACCCAAGCGCAGUGGCAAGAGUCUCUGAAGCUCACAGCCAGAGCAAUGGGUCAGCAAUGAUAACAAGAGAGUGCACCAAGGAAAAGCAGAAGAAAGUGAACUUUGUGACUGAUGUAAAGAAGUUUGGGUUCUUUCACAGACAAUCAAAAAACAGCUGUACUGAGCAAAGGACAAAUAAAAUAUACUCAAUCUCUGAAGAAGUUUCCCAUCAACAAGCUGAAGAACAAUGUGAGAAAGAUACUGAAUUGGGAGUGAAAGUGUUGGUUGUGAACUGUGAACUAAACAUGCAGGGUUUCAGUGAAAGCUGUCCAGUGGGCGCUAAUAAUCAGGCUAAAAAUGAGUGUCUGGAUUAUAAACUGGAUGAGAAAGCUGUUGUUUCUGAAAUGAAGAAGGCUGUGGUACAGGAGCCUGAUUUGCCCACAUCAAAGGUUUUGCUGGACAAUGAGCAGGACUUCAGUAGCAGCACCUCUGUUGUGAAACAAGAGACAAUUUUUCAGGACAAUUACAUGACAACAAGAUUGUGAUGAGUGGAAGCUGAAGUCUGUACAGACACACUUUGAAUAGAGAUGUUUAAACCAGAAAAUACAGAAUUAGAGCAUUCAAAAACAAGAGUUUGUAAUAUAGCAAAGGAGAAUAAAUAGCAGAGCCUUCCGUUUUGUAUCCUGCUUUAGCUUUCAGUUUCUUUUACAUUUUUUUAUUAAAUGGGAGCAUCUUGUAUUCUUGUACUGUUGCAAUAACCCACAGAAACUUUUUAGCUAUCUUCUUUAAUUUUAAAUAAAUGCCAUUUAUCUGCUGUGAUAGUUAAUGCCUAUGGUAAAUAUUUUUCUAUGCAAAUAAAUGUAGUUUAACAAAGGUGUGAACCUUUAUGAACCUUUUUAGGGUUCCUAAAAAUGGA